AUGGUGCCCUCGUACUUCAUAUCGACAAGGUCCUGUGUGGUCCCGCAUGUGGUGGACGCUCAGUCCGUGCCUUCUACAAAUAAGAAUAUAAAGAUAUAUGCCGAUGAUAUUUUGUACAAGGAUUCUCCCUAUGACGAGGGAUUUGAUCUGUCUCUGAAGGACUUCUGUGCGAUUUCCGGGAUCAAGACAUGCCUUGGGUUUAGGAACAAGCCUAGUAUCCUAGUUUCAAAGAAAGGGCACUACAAGCUUAAGGCCCAGAGAUACAAAGAACUCCUUGAGGUUCUAAGGCCAGAUUAUUAUGCAGACUUCAAGACCGGCAAGAUCACUGUGGAGAGAGAUGAGCUGAUAGAGCCCAAGGAUGUCAGGGACCUUGUGGAAUGGUUGAGCAAAGGCCAUCUGCUGUUUGGAACGGAGUUCAUUAAUGACCUUGUCUCGCAGGGGACGAUGCUGAAGCUCAGUGGAUGCAGGCUUGAAGUGUGUGGGAUAUUUGACUGCAAGUGCUGUGGAAGCCUGUCUCCUGGAUAUCUGGAGUACCUCUGGAGCAUCAAGGAAAUGAGUGCAUUCACAUAUCUUGCAAUACAUAAUUACAAUACUCUCGACAGGAUGUUUGAGGCCCUGGGACGUGGCGAGUUAUGCCCUGGAGAGAUAGAGAUUGGAUCAUAA